CUUCCCACCAGGUCCUGGGGGCUGUGGCUCAGCCCACGGGGCCGGGCAGACGCUGCCCCCCGCCCUUGCCCAGGGAUGCCCAGCCACUGCCCCUUCCUGGUGCCCCCACUUGAGGCUGUGUCCACCCGCGGCGUGGGGAUGCUGCUGGCGAUGUCCCCCCGAAUUGGAGGUGCAUGGGGGACCCAGCGUGGGGGCAGGAUGCUGCAAGGGCCCCAUCGGCGAGGCGGCACCCCCGUGCCCAGUGCCAAGUGGGGCAGAGGACCCCCCCUUCCUGGGGCCGGCAGCAGGGUGGGGCGUCCCCACCUGCUCCAGGUGCUCUAUAAAGCUCCGGCCACUGUCGAGCCGCCAGUUCCUGGUCCCUGGGCUGCGGCGUGUGCCACCGGCUAACGGGAGAGCAGCCGCCGCAGAGCCCUGAGAGGUGCCAGGACCCCCCAGGACGACCCCCAUGGCGUUCACUGCCUUUCUGCUGCUGCUGCUGCUGCUGAGCACAGGUGCACAUAACAUGGAGACUGACACAACUGCUGCAGUGACAGCCAUGACUGACACGACUGACACAGCGAUGACCACUGAGACGACCAUCACCCCCACGAUCACAACUCUGAACACAAUGAACUCCAAAAGCACAAGUAUGAAGAGGACCCAAUCCUCUGUCUUCUCCCAUGCCACGGUCCCCCCCACCACAAACUUCCAGUCCAGCAACAGCUUUGGAGGCAAUGCCACAACCAACAGCACUGCGGUGCCCACCCUGAGCAGCGCUGCCACCUCCCACAUCAUCAAUGCCACAACCAACAGCACUGCGGUGCCCACCCUGAGCAGCGCUGCCACCUCCCACAUCAUCAAUGCCACAACCAACAGCACCAUGGUGCCCGUCACUAGCAGCACUGCCACCUCCCACAUCAUCAAUGCCACAGCCAACAGCACCAUGGUGCCCGUCACUAGCAGCACUGCCAUCUCCCACAUCAUCAAUGCCACAACCAACAGCACCAUGGUGCCCAUCACUAGCAGCACUGCCAUCUCCCACAUCAUCAACGCCACUGCCAACAGCACCACGGUGCCUGCCCCAAGCAGCACUGCCAUCUCCCACAUCGUCAACGCCACUGCCAACAGCACCACAGUGCCUGCCCCAAGCAGCACUGCCAUCUCCCACAUCAUCAACGCCACUGCCAACAGCACCACGGUGCCUGCCCCAAGCAGCACUGCCAUCUCCCACAUCAAUGCCACAGCCAACAGCAGCAACUCGGUCCCCUCCUUCAGCACCAACACAACCAACAGCAGCUCUGUGGCUCCCACCUCCACCACAGGUGGUGGCACAGUGAUCCCUAUCUCCACCACCAAAGACAGUGGGAGCAGCAGCACUCGGGCUGUCCCCACACGGAAAACCUCUGCCACCACACAGGGCAGCACGGCUCCCACACAGACCCCCAUGGCUGCGCUGGGUAGCAGCGGUGCUCCCAACCCCAGCAUGGUCCAGCUGCUCACCCACGUCCAGCUGUCCUUCCACAUCCUCAACAGGAGCUUCAAUGAGAGCCUGCGCGACCCCACGUCGAAGGAGUACGGGAGCCUGAGCCACACUGUCUUGACCAUGUUCGAACAUGUCUUCGGCUGCGCGAGCUGCAUGGGCAGGCAGACCUACAAGGGGUGCAGCGAGCUCCGUUUCAGCCCAGGCUCGGUGCAGGUGCAGUCCACCCUCAUCUUUGCACAUGGCAAUGAAACCACCAGCCAGGCCAUGGAGCAACGGCUGAGGAGCAGCCUGGACCCGAAGGGCUUCAUCAUGGACCUGCAGCUGGCCGACAUCCAGAGCACUGUGGAGGUGAUGUCCCCGGCACCGGUGCCUGCGGUCCCAGGUUGGGCCAUUGCUCUGCUGGUCCUGGUCUGCAUCCUGCUGCUGCUGAACAUCCUCGCCUGCCUUCUGCUGGCCACCUGCACCUGCCGCCGGAAAAGCCGAGGGAAGCUGGACCUGUUCAGCACGAAGGACUCCUACCACCCCAUGGCUGAGUACGCCCUGUACCAGAGCCACGGGCGCUACGUCUCACCCAACAGCAAACCCAACCCCUACAGCCAGGUGGCCAGCAGCAAUGGCGCGGGGGUCGGCACCUUCACCUACACCAACCCUGCCACCUCCGACAACCUCUGAGGGACAUGCUGGGACAGAGGGUGGCUGCUAAGGGCAGGGGGUGGCCGUGCCCCCCUGCUCCCGGGGGAGCAGCACCGGCCCUGGGCACGUCCCCCGGUGCUGCUCGGCCCCUUGCCACAGGCAGUGGGAGCUGAAUGGUUCUGGAGCAGCCGGAUUCGUGCGCAUGACAGAACUGGAUGAGCAAAGAUUCGUGGCGGGAGGGAGGGUCCCCCACACCCCCUGUUCCCCGUGCUCGCUUGGCUUUGCAACCAUCCCCAUGCUGGGGGGGGUGUGUGUCCAGACUCGUGCUCCCCCUGCGCUCACCCCUAGGGAUUCAAUUGCU